AGAUCCAGGGUCACACUGGCCUUUGAUUUUGAGCGCAUUCCGCGUCGCCAAAGUAAAUAAAUGUAAUUAAAUGGAAAACGCGUUUAUAAAAAGGCGUUCGCUGACGCUCAGCACGCGGUUGCUGCACAAACGCCACAGCGUUUUUCCAACAGCCUCACCGCAAAACUGCGGGCGCCCUGGCAGCGGACACGAUGUGACAAUGGAUGCACCUGGCUCUCCCUCGUCUAUUGUGGACACACUAGACGAUGUGGAGGGCACGCCCCCCAACAAGAAGUCGUUGAAUCUCGACGAUAGCGUCGACUUCUCGCCGCGCAUGGACAUCAGCCUGUCGCCCAACUGCCUCUUCUCGCAGACGCUGGCCACCGAGAGUCCGGAGGUCGGCUGGCGUUGGAACCGCAACAGCAACGCCAGCGUGAAUCCCAACAAGGUUAACACGACAACAGACAGCGGCUUCGAUUCCGCAGAGCUGACUGCCGGAAAACUAAAGGAUCGCCGCAGGCAGCAGACGAUGAAAGGGGAGUACCGCCGCAAUCAGCAGGACAGCGACCUGUGGCGCGCGAAGCAAAUACGCGCACGAGAGCUGCUCAAGGAGCGAUGCGACAAGCUGCACAGGCAGCUGGACCAAGUGGCAGUGUCUGAGACGCCCAGGCCAGCGCCAGCGAUGGCUCCUGUGGCGGCCCGCACUCGGUCUGCCAGCAAAAGACCUCCUCCAGCACCGGACCCAGCGUUUGCAGACUUUCUCAAUGACUCGGAAACGGACAUGUUCCUGCUCGAGGCCUCGCAGCAGCUGGAGUCGAAGAUGGAGACCCAAGAGACCAGAUCGACAGCAACAACCACCACACCCACCAGCCAUCACAAGGCGAAGCGGCCCUCGUUCUACAUGAAGUUUUUGGAAGAUGAGAGCGAGAGCGAGGACUGGCUGACGGCCCUCGAGGAGGCUGUCGAUCAGGCGACCAUGCCCAAGAAGCCGCGCACCUCGUUGCAGCGCUACAAAUCGAUGCCCGCAACUGGGGACACAUCUGCCGUGAAGAGUGGGGCCAGAGCUAGCAAUGGAUCUGCCGCAGGCCCCAGCACAUCGUCGGGAUUGUCCAGCCUGACGGAGACGCCACGCAUCAAGCGACAUGCCAGCUCGCACGCGCUGUCCCCGGCCACGUCGCAUGCGCGCGGCAAACUUUUUGGCAGCCGGAAAUGAAACUCGAUAUGGCUACUUCCACCGAAUCAGCACUCCACAGGCGUACAGCCCACCAGGCAUCAGCCUUCCCCCUUAACGAGUAUAAAUUGUGAUGAGAGCAAAUUUUAGGUUUCGUUUCGCUCCCCAAACUGUUGACCAUUCUGCAGUACUGCGUGUAUACGAGCAAGAUAAUUGAAUUUGUGCAGCUCUGAAGCUACUUUGUUCAUUUAAAUUUAAGGCUAAUUAAAAGUUAAUUGUAAUUUAAAGCGUUCCGCGGCCGGCCAUUCGCCCAUUCGGCCAUCGACAGUCGUAAUGUUUACGCGGCCGGAACACAGCGCAUGCGACCGGCCAUAUGCUCGGCAUUAUCAGGGGCAGCACCUGCGUUGUUAGGCGUUGCGCCGCUCCCCUGGCCAGGUGGUUGUAGCUCCUGUAACUGGCUGCUCGAAUUCGACUCCCCGCGGUUUAAGUUAAGCCUUCCUUCCGUUGAGUAAAAUAAUUGAGAUGUAAGCAAAGUAUUUUAGUUUUUAGUAGUAGUCUUUGGGACUCUGUAUGUUUAUCCUUUUUGUGGAGUUUCCAGAAACUUCUGCUUACAUAUAAUUAAAGUCGCUUAAAUUAUGUUUA